AAAAAUGUUCUUCAAGUGCCUAAAAGAUGGCUGAAACCGCACGUUCUCUGAAAAGAAAGAACGAAACGAUCAUUUCCGUGAGCAUGAAAAAGGCUCAAGACCUUUCCAGUGCAGCAAAUGAGGUCAAUGCUUCACUCAAAUAAGUUCUUUGCAAAAACAUGGAAGAGUGCAUGACAAGAGGAAACCUUAUUUGUGCAAGUACGACAAUUGAGGCAUGGCCUUUACACAGGCUUCCAAUCUAAUCAGACAUGAAAGAAUACAUACAGGUGUUAAGCCUUACAAGUGUGAUAGAUGUGACAAGUCCUUUGCUUCUUCAAGCAAUCUGAAGCAACAUAAGGAGAUACAUCAGAGCGAAAGUAAUAGGCAGAGAUUUGUGUGUCCCAUUGAGACUUGUGGGAAGAUAUACCUUUACUUCAGCUCUCUGAAGAAGCAUCUGUCUAAGAAUCAUAAUGAGUAUUAUCGCUCAACCUUUAAUCAGACAACUAAGACCGAAAUCCAGUUUUUGAAGAAGAUGACCACUCAGAAUGUUGGAGGUGCAGAAUCUGAUAAGGACUCACUGGAGUCUGAAAGAAAUCUUCAAAAUUUACCUCCACCAAGGAAAAACGCCCUGCGCAAGAGGAAGGCCAAAUAACGAAGCUCUUAAAAAAUUGCAACAAAAGAGCGACAAUAGCGAGUCCAGCAGCUUUGACUCAAAUGAAGAAGAUAAACAACCCCUUAUCGAAUCUGAACAUGGAUAUGAUAGCCAAAAGUCUACUAAAAGAUUCAAGAUUACUGAGGAAAAAGAAAUGUCAUUAGAAUCUCAGAAAAGCAACAAGGAGAACAUAAUCAACUCUGCAGACAUCAAGGAAAGGAUUGAUAGACUCCAGAUGUCUAAUCCAAGCCUCAGGAAGAACUUCAGUAAACUUGAAAGAAAUAUGCAAAAACUGUCUUCUCCCUCUGAAAAUAAGGAGACUCGAACUCAAAAACAAGAAAUACCAGCUGUUAUUCAGCAUCCACAGUGUACAGAUCAAAUUAUGGGUGAAGAUGAUUUCUCCCGCCUUCCUACAAAUGAGUCUCUCAGAAAUGCUGUUCAAGACCAAAGCAAGAGAGAUGAGAAUCUCCAAAAGUCGCUACUUCAGUAUAUUCUCCUAGAUUUGAUGGCUAAUCAAACACCUCAAAAUAUUAAUCUCACUGACGUUUCUCCUCAGAUAGAGAUGAUGCUUAAAAGUCAUAUUCUCAAGAAUUUAUGGAUAAAUGCAUUCAAGAGAUUCCUGUAUGUCUCAAAGGACGCUCUUAGAGAUAAUCUGUGCAAUUUACUGACAAAUCCAGGUACUCCUAGAUCUGGUAUACCAACACUUCCUGCUAGCCAGCUUGAGAAGAGAAAGAAAUCUGACUUACUCUCCAACGGUACUAAAGAGUCGGAUAAAAACCGCAAGAAUUCUGCCUCAUUCCCUAUUAAAUCAGCGAAUGACUGCCUAAUGAGCGGAGGUAUUUAUUCUUCGCCCAAGAAAGAUGUCAAUAAUGAUGAUCAGAGAAGUAGUUAUUCUCAAAACCAUGAAGUUUCCGGCAGUUGGAAUCCAAAAGAGGAGGAAAAGCACUAAGAAUGCUACUAUUUCCUCCUAUGGCACGCCUCACUAGCGAUUUAGUAUAAUUUCAUUAUGCUAACAUGUCUUUUCUACCAUUAGGCCUCCUGAAGGUGGAUCUGAUAUGUGUCUAAGUCUUAUGCCAUAUUGAUUUUCUGCAAUUGCAGUCAAAAUCUUUUUCAUAUGAAUCUUACUCUCAUUUUAUUUCUAUUGAUUUAAAUUCAU